CCUCGCUACUCCCUCCGGCUCUCGACGUCCCCACCAUGGACGCCGUCGACCACAGGGCACGCCCCGACCAGCUCGUCCACGACGACGGCCCCUACGGCCAGGUCAUGGACGAGCAAGCCGGUCUCCGUCCCUCCCGCCCGACCACCGCAGGCGACGCGGACACCGACCUCCCCGGCUACACCCUCAUGGUCGCUGGGCGUCGCAGCGGCAAGACCUCCUUCCUCCGGCUCGUCCUCGACACCAGCGUCGUCGCCCGCUCCGUCUCGCACGACCAGCUUGUGUCCGUCGCCAAGUUCGUCCAGGGCUGCAGCGGUCACACCUCGCACGUCCGGUCCGCUUCCGUCAACGUCGACCUGGCACCCGCAGAGGGCGAGGACAGCCAGGAGUUCACCCUCACGCUCGUCGACACGCCGUCCCUCGACUUUGUCGACGAUGCCGCGUCCCAGCGCGUGGUCACCGAUAUCCUGCGGUACGUAGACGCGCGCUUCGCGGAAAGCAUCGACGACGAGCGAAUGGCGCAGAGGGGGGACCACCAUGUCCAUCUGUGUAUCUACUUCCUGGAUCCGGACACCAUAGUGCCUCCAUCGGUACCAGCGCCCCCCGUCCCCCUCGUCACCCGGAGCCGUGCUGGGAGCAUGUCCGAGGUUGAGCCCGUCAUACUCGAGCCCCCGGUGACCAACAACCCUCUGCUCUGUCGGCCUGCCCUUCCCGCCGCCGACAUUGCCACCAUCCGGCGGCUAUCGUCGCGCGUCAACGUCCUCCCCGUUGUUGGACGCGCCGACAUCCUGACCAAUGAACGUCUCGCCGCUGUGAAGACGGCCGUGCGGCGCGACUUGGCAGAUGCGGGUAUCGGGUUCGGCAUUUUCGACAUGGACACCUUCCCAGGGUACCCUCAGUACACUCGCCGGGAUUCGUCUGAGAACAUUCCGCCAAAGCUCGAGAAUGGGUAUGGAAGCCAUAUAAACGGUGCCUCGUCGUCAGCGACCUCUCCGCCAUCGCCACCGAUGUCGCCACCUUCCUUCCUGCGCCUGCCCUACGCGGUGAUAUCGCCGGAUAUUUAUUCACAUAGUGACGGCGUUGCUAGACCCGCACCGUCCCGUCACGAACUGACGCUGCAGUACACUCCUUUACAACAGUUUCCUAACCACAAGCAACAGACAUUCGCUAAAAUCGUGCCGGGCAAGUUCAUUCGAAGCUUUAGAUGGGGCUUCCUCGAUGUCAUGGAUACAACACACUGUGACUUUGUACAACUACGCCGGGCCAUCUUUCAUCACAUGCAGACUCUGCAAAAAUACACAAGAGAAUAUCUCUUCCAAAAGUUCAGGGCGGAGACCCAGCCGCCGCUGCCGCAUCCUAUUCCAACUCGGGCGCCCCACGCACAGGUCGUAUUGCCGCCCCGACUUCCCGCUCUUUCUCAGGCGUCUCGCCCCAUCCUUGCUAUAGACACUACGCCGUCUCACGCUACCGUGAAGGGACAACCACACCCGGCUCGCCCGGCAACUAUCUCGCUCAAUGGAGACGCAGUUUCGCGGCCUGCCGGGUCCCCCCAACCGCGUGUCCCCUCGGGGAUCCCUUCGGAAGCCUCUCCGGGAACUGCAACUUCUUCGAGGUCUCAACGGUUGCGCACUAAGAAGAUCACGGUCGCGUGCAAUUUCUGCCGAUCGCGCAAACUGAAGUGCGAUGGCGGCAGGCCUGCCUGCAGUCAGUGCUUCAAACGGUCGAAUCCAUGCGACUACACCGCGAGCCAGAAGGGGCGUGGUGGAAGGAAGGCGCGGAAACAGUUCGGCGGCAGUGAAAGCGAGGGCGAGAGCAUGGAAGACCAGUCCAUGGAUAUGGACAACGUUUCUCAGUCCCCUGAGGUCUCCGUCACGUCGCAUCCGCACUCGCACUCGCAGCCGACCUCGCGUCGGAACUCGAACGUCGGCAUGCUCCUCGGGGAGACGCUUCCACCCCUCAGCAGCGCGAUCGAGCGGCGGGACGAGUCCACAAGCUCGACGACACUUGCGCCCAUCCAGCAGGCGACGACAAGCCUGCGGAAUGUGACACUGACGGAUGCACGCCCGGAGCUUCCGCCCAUUGCCACGCUAUCAGCACCCCCGUCUUCGGCGUCCAAGAGCCUGCCCCAGGAAGAUCCGCCGUCGAUAGGGUCGCUCAAGUCAGAGGACGGUCAGAUGACGGCGCGGAGACGCACGUCCGCCGCGGCGACUGGGAAAACGCGCGCGACCAAUCAUGGCUCGAAGAUCGUGGCUUGCAACGUCUGCAGAGCGCGCAAGACCAGGUGCGACGGGGCGCAUCCAGCGUGUGGCAGCUGUUCGCGGCGCUCGCUGCCGUGCAACUACGUCAACGACCCGGGCACGAGCAGGGCGCGCGGUCGGGCGGCGGCGGCGACGCCAGGCCCGUCCGGCUCGACGUCGUCGCGCUCGUCGCCGUCCGUGCCCGUGCAGUUCAGCACGUCGAACGGGACGACGCGCGGCAUCGGUAUGGUAGAUGGUGGCCCGUCAGAUGGCGGUCACCCGGCGAAGAAAAUGCGGAUGGCAGCCGAGUCUGCGCCCGCCGCUGUGAUGGCGGGUGUGCAGGCGCCUUGAGACUCCGCGGCGAGCCCGCGCGCGAACGCACUUCUUUAGACUUGUUUGAAGGACGCUUGCCUCGUGUGUAUUGUGUAUUGCUCUCAUUCUGCUUUGUUGGGGUAUUUACUCGUCGCUGGGAUGUUUCGAUUGUUGCUUGCUGCAUGGAGCCGCCGCAUGUACUAGUAGUAUAUAUUCGUCGCCGCCGCCACGGUGCGACGCACACACUGACAGACUCGCUGUCGCUUGCUUGGUUUUGUGGAUCCGGUGCCAUUGCCGAUGGGCCGACGUGAUUGUGCAGCCUUCGUCCAGGACUAUGGCGCGGUGUAACUUGAAGGGAGGGUGUGUGCUGUUACCUCAGAAUCUUCCAUUGUGCAGAGUCGUAGUUCAUCAAGCUCAAGUGCCGGGGGAGAGGAGACGAGUAUGUGAUCUUUAGUAUUACUAUGACGGCGAAGUCAGGGUGGUUUGAGGGAUCAAUUUGAAGGAUCUCUACGUGCGCGUAGUCAAUCAAGC